AUUCAAAUUACUGUUAUAAAUACAUUUUUUUCUUUAUCCUUUCCUCUUCCUCUCUUCAUUUUAUUUAUUUAACUUUGUUCAUUACAAAGAAUAACUCUCUUUACUUUCCUUAUUAUUAAAAUACCUUCCUUUCCUUAAUACAAGCCCCCAUACCAAUCGUUUAAAUGAGUGAAAUUGUUUUAUCUAAUUCAACAGCACAUCCUUAUGAUUAUUCUAAUGAAUCAUUGAUGGUCAAUAUCAAUCCCGGACUUGUUCAUAAAUCAUCAAGACCAUCAACAAGUGCAUCUCCUCCAAUCACGUCUUAUGAAGACAAUUCACAAUUUACAGCAUAUCCAGCCUAUGCCUUUGAAUCAAUGCCAAUGGGAUUUACCCCUGUUCCAAAUUACCAUCAUUCAACCAUGUCUCGCUUAGGUUAUUAUGAUGAAAAUUCAGUACAACCUAAUAGCCCAGAAUCCGUUUCUUCUUCUAUCUCGACAUCAUCACCACCCUCUACUACUUUGGUUGUUCCUAAUCAUUCUGUAGUUGUCUCUUCAACGAUAUUAGCCCCACAAGCCAUUGAGACCGAGCUAAUUACGCCUCUUGUGUCUCCCAUCAACAAUAACAAUCAAAAGUCACCCAAGAUUGAUAAUGUCAAUACUGCUCGAGUCAAAGAGAUGAUAACACGCGCCAACUCUGUUCCAAUGGAAUUUUAUCACACAGAAUUUUUGGAAUACUCAAAGGAAACAUAUGAAAAAAAGAUGGAAUCUAAGCGUAACAAGCGCAAGAGACCUCAAUCAAAACAAUCAAAGGAUGAAGAUGAUCAAGAAAAUAAGCGCAAAAAGACUUUUGAAUAUAAUAUCAAGGAAGAUUCUGAAGAAGACAUGGAUGAAUUUGAUAUAGAAGAUAACAAACAAAAUGAUCAUAGUAACAUGUCUAGCGCCGAGAUCCGUCGUCAAAUUCAUAUUCAGUCAGAGCAGAAAAGACGUGCACAAAUCAAAGAUGGAUUCGACGAAUUGAGAAAGCAUUUGCCAGGAUGUAAUAACAAAAAGAUGAGCAAAGCAGCCUUAUUGACAAGAACUGUUCAACAACUUCAACAUUUGAAGGGUAUGCAGAACGAACUUUUGUCUGAAGUUGAGAGACUUUUGCAAGAAAAUGAGACAUUAAAAAAGUUCCAACAUGGCGUAUUACAACGUCAGGCCAUGGAAAAAAUGUAUACCUUUUGAGCACAUAGUAUUCCCAUCUAUUUUCUUUAUUACGUCCUAAUUUCCUCUUUUCUUUCGUCUUUCUUAUUACGCUCCUUAUGUCUUUUUCUUUUCUCUCUGCCUGUACCUAGUUUUUCUCUCUCUCUUAUUUCUUUUUGUUUGUAGUACACUUUUUAAUCUUUAAAGCUUUAAUAAACCUUUUCUUUUUCUCACCAUGGA